UUCCACUGCGAAGUGAACAACGUGGACAAAGUGCGACAGAGUCUUGAAUCUCGUGGCAUCAACAUCUAUGAGUCCUACUGUCCCUACUUGCCUAUCAAGAAAGUCCCCGUCUCUGCUGAAAGCAUUAAAUUAAUUGCUGAAAUGUACGAUCGGAUAAGGGAUGCUAUCGACUGUGUCGAUAAUUUCUACGAUAAUUGUGAGGUAACUGAGUAA